GUGUACCAGUAAGACUUGUAGGAGGAGAAAGUUCCAGGGAAGGCCGUGUUGAGAUCUAUCUUUCUGGUCAGUGGGGGACCAUCUGUGAUGACGGAUGGACUGAUAACGAUGCUGAGGUGGUGUGCCGGCAGCUGGGAUUCAGCGGAGUUGCAAAGGCCCGUGUGAUGGCAUACUUUGGGGAAGGGACAGGUCCCAUACAUGUGGACAAUGUCAGGUGCAGCGGCAACGAGCGAUCGUUGGCGGACUGUAUCAAACAAACGCCUGGCACACACAACUGCCGCCACAGCGAGGAUGCCGGAGUCAUUUGCGACUAUGGUGAAUCGCAGCACAGCAAGAAAGAGGUUAAAGAUCCUGUCGACUCGAUCUGCGGUCUGCGGCUCAUACACACUCGCCAGCGCCGAAUCAUAGGAGGAGAAAACUCUCUGAGGGGUGGCUGGCCGUGGCAGGCUGCCAUUCGCUUGCGAGGAUCUCGUGGAGAUGGGAGGCUGGUUUGUGGUGCAACUCUCAUCAACACGUGCUGGGUCCUCACCUCUGCACACUGCUUCAAAAGGUAUGGAAACAGCACCAAGCAGUACAAAGUCAGACUGGGUGACUACCACUCCCUUGUUCCAGAAGAGUACGAAGAGGAAUACGGAGUUGAACAAUUUGUCCUGCAUCCAAAUUACCAUUCCCAUAGCAACGACUAUGACCUGGCUUUGGUCCGUCUGUCGCCGGGAGCUGUGGGCCAGACGCCGGGGGAGUGUGUGUCAUUCAGCCGUCAUGUCCUUCCCGCCUGUCUGCCCAUGAGGAAAGAGAGAGUGCUCAAACAAGCCAGCAACUGUCACAUUACAGGCUGGGGUGACACAGGACGCUCGUACUCAAAGACCCUUCAACAAGCCGCUCUGUCCCUUCUGCCCCGGCGCCAUUGCCAGCAGCACUUCCACAACGCCUUCACAAGCCGCAUGCUCUGCGCCGGCAGCAUCCAGUCAGAAAGGCGUGUGGACAGUUGCCGUGGUGACAGUGGAGGCCCAUUGGUGUGUGAGCGCCCUGGAGGGGGUUGGGUGGUUUAUGGGGUUACGUCCUGGGGUCAUGCCUGCAGGACACAACAGUCCCCUGGUGUUUACACCAAAGUCUCAGCUUUCAGCACCUGGAUACGCAAAGUCAUUGGACGAGAUGAGAAGAAGCGAUAAAGCAUGACAAAUUAAAACAGCUCAGCUUUUUAUCAGAGUUAACGACCAUCAGGAACAAUCCAGUUCUGACUUCACGGCAGGGUAUCACUUGAAGCCCUGACUUUCAAACAGGAAGGACAAAACUGAACUUUACCCUCCUGCUUAUUUUUGUUUGAAGAUUUAUUCUUUUUUCUGUAGUUAGCACUUAUAAAGAAUCUUGUCUGUCACAAAAUUUGAAGUAAUAUUACUUCCUUCCUCAUGAAACAACUCAGUAUUAAUAUAACGUCACAUAUUACCGGUUUCCUUUGAUUAUUGUUUAUGCAGUUUUUUUAUGAACCUACUUUGUAAUUUAUUAUAUAAAUAUAUGUUAUGUUGAAAAAGGGACCAAACACACAGUCCGUGCAUGCACUCGUGCAUUUCUCUAAGCAAUGGCACGGCAUGACUUUGCAGACUUUUGCACUAAAAUCCCCUCCUCUGUAAUUUACCUGCACAUGCUUCGUUUUUGAGCCUUCUUGUCAUGUGACAUUUUUCAGAAUGAAACACACAACCUCACUUCCUCACGUAAAGUUUCUCGUCUUUAGUCUUUGAGUGAAAAUUGUGUUUCAGGUCUUAACUAUAUUGCUCAGGCUGUUAUAUUUCAUAUCCAUGAACUUAAAAGACUUUGCUGAGUAAUGUUUACAUAAAAAAUGAAUCUGAAUCGAAGCACAAAAAAGUAUGUCCAAGCGUUGUUUUGAUGCAGCAACACAUCCUUGCAUUUUGAUUCGGUGCUGUUUUUUAUUCUUUAGAGGGAAGACAUAGACACUUUAAAUCUUACGCGUUGGUGACUUUGUGGUGAGCUGAACUGUACUGUAGCAUUUCCUCAAAUUCACAUUUUUAAGAACUUGUUGGGCUUUUUUAUUGAGGACACAAACAAUAUGAAACUCAGAAACUGUUUACAACAAUACAUAUUAAUAGGGGUUGUGUUUUCUAACGGUUUGCGAAACUUUGGAUUUUUGUGUUUUGUCAUAAAUCUAACAGGUGACAGAAGCACAAAUAGAUCCUUUGUGUGUGUUGCUAACAGUAGUUAUGGAUCGCGUGGCUUGUCAGAUGGUGUUUCUGAAAACACCUCCACACUGAGUCAGUGGAAUGUUGCAAAGCGCCAAGAGGAAUGGCAACCAUUUUAGUUGUUAUGGUUUAAAAAAAGAAACCAACAAAAGAAGUAAUUGUCUUUACCGGGAAAAACAUAAGGCCUUUUUAAAAAAUAUAUAUUUUUAAAUGUUGGGAAGAAAUGUGCAAAUUUUUCUCCAUAUUUGUUAUUUUUAUUUUUUUUGUUACACUUUUCAUUGUUCUUAUAAUUUAUAUUAUUAUUACACUAAUGACAUUUUAUUGUUGAAAUGGUGUAUCUUCUUUUCUGUUCUUUUCCAUGUUCUUUAAGCAGAAUGUCUCUCCUAUUUCGUGUGUUAUUCAGUGGAAACCAUCGACAUACAUGUGGUGGAAACGCUAAACAAACGAAUAAACAAAAGGAAACUUUCAGUCUGUGUGCGCCCUCUUGUGGCACUUUGUGCACACUACAACCUAAUUUAGAGUUUGUGAUGCUGGUCAACAACAAAUCCACGCUUUAACUGUUUUUUUGUUGCUUUUUUUCUUUAGCUUCCUUUUUGAUUUUUAUCGACCAUAGAAAACACUAUUAGCAGAAGUGUGACUAAGUCACUGCUUUGCAAGUCACAAGUAAGUCACAAGUCUUUUCAUUCAAGUCCAAGUCAAAGACAACCAAGUCCGAGUCGAGUCCAAAGUCAACGAUAUGGAAGUCCAAGCCUUUAACUUUGAAUUUUCAAGUCAUAAUCAAGUCAUCUGUCCAACUUCAAUUUAAUGACAAUGAUAAUAAAUACAUUCCA